AUGGCUACCUCGAUCAAAGUCGCUGCGGCAAAGAUAGUCGAACAGAGAACUCAUCAGAUUCCUGGUAAGCUGAGAGUCACCGAACACUUCUUCGAUGUGCCCAAAGAUUACUCCAAGCCGGAAACUGGUACGAUUCGCAUCUUUGCUCGCAGUGUUCGAAAGCAUGAAUCUCCCGCGGACAUUGGUGAUCAUGAUGACAAGAAGAGCCAACUUCCAUGGAUGGUGUUCUUGAACGGCGGACCUGGAGGAGCCUGCCGACACCCAAGUGCUUACCCAUUCACCUACACCAUUCUGGAUAAAGGUUACCAAAUGCUCUAUCUAGACCAAAGAGGCACUGGACUGAGCACGCCAAUCACUCCCAGCACGCUAGGCUUACGCGGGGACGAGGACGUGCAGGCGAGAUACCUCAAGCACUUCCGCGCGGACAGUAUCGUGCGAGACUGUGAAGCGAUUCGACAAUCUCUUACUGCGGAGUACCCUCCUGAGAAGCAAAAAUGGAGUAUCAUGGGCCAGAGCUUUGGUGGAUUCUGCAGCAUCACAUACCUCUCGUUUCACCCACAAGGACUCCGGGAAGCCUUCAUCUACGGUGGCCUCCAACCACUCGUCAAGCAGCCUGAUCCAGUCUACAAAGCGCUCUACAAGAGAGUGAUCAGACGCAACCAAGACUACUACGACAAGUAUCCGGAAGAUGUCGAUAGAGUCAAGAACAUCGUCAGCUUCCUUACACGAUUCGGUGAUGGCACAAUCAAACUCCCGUCUUCAGGCAACUUGACUGCUAGAAGGUUCCAGCAGAUAGGCAUCAUGUUUGGAAUGCACGGAGGCAUCGACGCUGUACACGAAGUCGUGCUGCGUGCUGCAUACGACAUCGAAGCUUUCGGUCUGUUGACCAGAGGUACUCUCACUGCGAUUGAGUCGAUCACCUCUUUUGACGAAGCACCCAUCUACGCCAUAUUGCAUGAGCAGAUCUACUGUGAAGGACAAGCACCCAAUUGGUCGGCUGAACGUAUGCGUGACGAGUUCCCUGAGUUUGAGCUCAAGUCAGAAGGACCUAUCUACUUCACAGGAGAGAUGGUAUUCAGCUGGAUGUUCGAUGACUACAGCGAGCUCCGCAAGAUGCAGGAUGUCGCCGAACGAGUAGCUGCAGACUCCGAUUGGCCUGCUCUGUUUGACGAAGACCAGCUCCGCAAGAACGAAGUUCCUGUUUACGCAGCCGUUUACCAAGAGGAUAUGUACGUUGACUACGACUACUCUAUGGAGACGGCAGAAAAGAUCAAGGGCUGCAAGAAGUUCAUAACCAAUGUCAUGUAUCACAACGCGAUCCGAAGCAAGGCAGACGAAGUCGUCAGACAACUGUUUGAUCUGAGAGACGACGUCAUUGACUAG